UAAAUACGGAGUACCACGUAUAUUAAAAUCAUACUCGUAGUUGCCUUAAAACGAUGUGGAAGGUACUCACCUGACAAAAGAUUUAGUUUUGCAGCAAAGCUUCGAUUCCUUAUAGAUUAAAAAGCAUGACAUUUACCAGUAAUUUCCAACAAGAAAGGCAGCCAGAAAUGGAGCGCGAAGCCGAAACGCGGCGGCGGGAUUUGGUGGUUCUGGUGCCUAGCCCCUUUCAAGGGCACGUCACCCCUAUGCUCCAACUGGGACACGUCCUUCACUCGAAGGGCUUCUCCAUCACAGUCGCCCACGCCAGAUGCAACGCCCCUGACCCUUCAAACCACCCUGAAUUCUCCUUCCAAAGUUUGGGACACAGUUUAAGCAUAAACUUAGAUGGGAUAAUAAAAGCAAGUGAUAUAGGCCUGAAAGGGAGACUAGAAACCAUCUAUGAUAUGAAUGAGAAUUGUAGGGUACCCCUCCAGGAAUACCUGGAAGAGAAGGGAGAUGUGGUUUCUUGUAUCAUCUAUGACAACCUCAUGUUCUUCGUUGACCAAGUCGCCGCUCUUCUCAAUCUGCCUUCUAUCGUGUUACGCCCUUCCAGUGCUGCUUACUUCCCAGUUUUACUCGAUGUUCUUGAACAUGAAGACACUCUUUCUUCCAUUCCAGAGUCGAGGCUUGAGGAUCCAAUCCCGGAGUUUCAUCCCAUACGAUACCAAGAUAUGCCGAUCGUCUUUAGACAAUCCGAAAAAGUAAGACGUUUCAUGUUGACUUCAAACAAUAUAAGGUCUUCUGUGGCCAUAAUAUGGAACACAAUGGAGGAUCUUGAACACACAUGGUUGUCAAGACUCCAACAACGUUACAAAGUGCCCAUCUUCCCAAUAGGUCCAUUGCAUAAGAUAGCCCCGGCUAGCAGAACAACUAGCUUGAUCGAAGAAGACGAUAGCUGCCUCGCAUGGUUGGAUGAUCAAGUUCCUCAAUCUGUCAUCUUUCUAAGCGUAUGUGGGAGCUUAGCUGCCAUUAAUGAAACAGACUUUGAAGAGAUCGCCUCGGGAUUGGCUGAUAGCAACCAGCCUUUCCUAUGGGCAAUCCAGCCCAGUUCAAUUGAGGGUCAGUUUGAAAUUUUAUGUUUGAUGCAUAAUUGUACAUUAUUUUAGUGGUUUAGUUUUUAUAUUUUUUGAUGUGUGACAAAUACUUUUACCCACGUUUUAUCUUAAACCUGAUUGGAUGACUUGACGGGUAGAUAAAUGAGGCAAGCAACCACAAAUAGACCCUACUAAAUCAUUUGUCAAAUCAAAAAUGGUGUUGAAUAUGAUAGACGAGAUUACCACACACCGAUAGUAUUUAGAAUGAGUGGACCAGAAUCUUAUAUGGACAAAUAUUUUAACAAGACUCAAUACUAAAAUACGGAGUAUCUAAUAUGAGUAGUGUAAGAACUUAUAUGUAAAUUGUAUUUCUAUACUUCAUGAGUGUGGUGGGAUGAUUUAACUUUUAAUAGGUUUGGAAGAGAAUGAACGGCUCAUAGAAGACUUUGAGAAAACAACUAGAAACAGGGGACGAGUAGUUAAAUGGGCUCCACAAAAGAAAGUAUUGGCUCAUGGCUCAGUGGGUGGAUUCUGGAGCCAUUGCGGUUGGAACUCGACGCUAGAGAGUCUCGGUGAAGGUGUUCCGAUGAUUUGUAGACCGCACUUCGCUGAUCAAUUGGUGAACUCUAGGCUCUUAAUCCAAGAGUGGAAGGUCGGGUUGGAGUUGGAGAAGGUGGAGAGAAGCGUUAUUACAGAGACUAUUAGAAGAAUUAUGGUGGGAGAUGAGAGAGAAGAGCUGAAGAAGAAUGUCAUGAAUAUGAAGCAGAAACUUGAUGACAGCUUCCAGAAAGAUGAAGGCACUUCAAAAAAAGCAGUGAAUGAAUUAACAAACAUCAUUUCUUCACUCAGUUUAAAAUUCCCUUUGUGAGGUGAGGGCGGGACAGUCCAAGCAAUUUUGAGUAACAAUAUCUACUAAGUGCUCCUGGUUUUCAAGGAUCCCAUUUUCCUAAUAGCCUCAAUAAAAUCAUGUAUUUAAAUUUCUAAUAAAUGCAGUUAGCUUUGCUUAAACAUAUAACUAAGUAAAGCAUGAUUUCAUGCAAGAUAAUGUCUUACUGUCUUAGCAACAUUUGUAUGUUUGUAAAACCAAAAGUUCAAACCGCAAUUGUAGGUUGUAACUUAUUUGAACUAUAUACGACGGAGUAUGUCUUUUUCUAUGUCGAUUAAUGUUAUCAUCCAAGUCCAUGCAUUUUAAA